UCACCAGCGUCUUGGCAGCUAUCGUGGGCUCUUGGCAGACACUGAUUCCUUUGCUGCCAGAGCUGAUAAGAGCCGGCUAAUUAAGCCAUUGUUCUGACGGAGGCGAGGAGGACACAACAGGACGAUGGACAGACCCCGCUUUACCCUGGAGAUGGAUGAUGGCCUUGGAGAGGAUUUGAAUGCAGCCGCGAAGGAGGCAGCUGGGGAGGACCAUGGACCGCCACCCUUGGAGACCCCUUUCCAACAAGAAGCCCCUUCCGUCGGCAAGAUUGAGGUGAAAUUGCCGUGGUUCCAAAGACCUAACAAACCGGUUGACCCAAAUAGCUUUGACAUGAACCGUAUUUUUACAGCCGUGGUUGAAGGAGAUCCUGAACUGCUCAAGGGCCUAAGCGAUUAUCUGCAGAAAACGUUCAGUGUUCUCACGGACAUUAAAUAUAGAGAUGGGAAGACAGGCAAGACCUGUUUGAUGAAGGCCUUGCUCCAUUUGAAAGACGGGAAGAACCCCACCAUCUCUGAGCUCUUGAAAAUAGACAAGGAGACCCAGAACCCAAAAUCAGAGGAGUCUUUGGUCAACGCCGCCUGUACUGACCCCUACUACAAAGGCCAAACAGCUCUCCACAUCGCCAUUGAGAAGAAGAGCUUAGAUCUUGUGAAGCUCCUGGUGGAGAAUAACGCUGAUGUCCACAAGGCGGCUUCCGGUUUAUUGUUCCAGCAGGACUACAAAGAGGUUCACUUUUAUUUUGGUGAACUUCCUCUCUCCUUGGCUGCUUGUACCAACCAGUCAAAAGUGGUCAUGUACCUCCUGGAUAACCCUCACCAAAAUGCCAGGCUGACUGAACAGGAUUCCGUGGGCAACACGGUCCUCCAUGCGCUGGUGAUGGUGGCCAACGACACGAAGAAGAACACCAAGUUCGUGGUCAACAUGUAUGACAUGAUCCUGAGGAAAGGGGCUGAGAUUGACCCUGCCUGCAGAUUGGAAACGAUUAAAAACAAGGAAAAGCUAACCCCUUUAACGCUGGCCGUCAAGACUGGGAAAAUCAAGAUUUUCAAGCACAUCCUCCGCCGAGAGAUGAAGGACCCCAAGUUCCAGUACCUUUCGCGCAAGUUAAUCGAGUGGACCUAUGGCCCCAUCCAGACUUCCAUCUACGACAUGACCUCCAUCGACAGCUGUGAGGAGAACUCAGUGCUGGAGAUCCUGGCCUACAACAGCAACAUUCCAAACCGGUACAAAAUCGUGGCCCUGGAGCCUUUGAACAAGCUACUUCAGCACAAGUGGGAAUUCUUCAUUAGAAAAAGGUUUCUCCUCAGUUUAUUCCUCUAUCUGACUUUCAUGGUGAUCUUCACAUGCACUGCUUACUACUGGCCACCAAAGGAUGAGCCUCUUGUUCCAACAACAGUGACAUUCCAGAACAUAUUAAGACUUCUUGGAGCUGUGAUUGUUUUAAUUGGUGGCAUUUAUCUCUUCGUUGCUCAGAGUGUUCAGUUCUGCAGAAGAUGGUCCACUCUGAAAAGCCUUGCAAUGGAGAGUUUCUUCGACAUACUCCUGUUUCUGCAGGUGCUUGCCAUCCUGGCCUCGUCCGUGAUGUUCGUUGCAAAGUUGGAAGAUUACGUGGUGCCCAUGGUGUUCGCCUUGCUUUUGGGCUGGAUGAACCUCCUCUACUACACCCGCGGUUCCCAGAAUUUGGGAAUCUCCAUCAUUAUGAUCCAGAAGGCCGUCUUGAAGGACCUUUGGCAUUUCCUGAUUGUGUAUGUGGUCCUCCUCUUUGGCUUUGCAGCAGCUCUCACCGUUCUCACCGGGGGCGCUUCCCACUCGGCCUACAACGCGUCUCUCCCGCUCAGCGAUGACUCUAAAGACCAGGCCGUGUAUUCGGGGCUACCUCAGACUAUCCUGCUGCUCUUCAGGUUCACCAUCGGCAUGGAUGACUUGGAAUACCAGGAGAACUUGAAGUACAGCAACAUUGCGAUGCUGUUGGUUCUCCUUUUUGUCAUCUUGACUUACAUCAUCUUGCUCAACGCAACAUUUGCCCUGAUGGGCGAAACAAUCUCCGAAGUCUCUGAUUACAGCCAGAACAUCUGGCAGUUGCAGAGAGCCCUCGCUAUUCUGGAAAUAGAAAAAAACUGGAUCUGGUGGUGGAAAAAACGCGAGAAAGGCAGCCAUUUCCUCACCAUCGACCCUGUGGACAAGGAAGAGAAGAAGAGGUGGUUUUUUCGAGUAGAAGAGCUACACUGGGAAAAUUGGACUAAAAAAUCCGUCCUCCGAGAAGAACCCAUGGAAACCAACUUUCUGGACGAGACAUUAGUGAUCCAAAAACGGAGCGUGGUGACCCAAGCCAUGCCCCGCGUGUCUUCUUCGUGGACCCCAUUCUUCCAGGCGGAGCAGGAAGAAGAAAAGGAUGAGAUGGUGGCGAUGAAGGACUUAGGGCUGCAGGAGGAGAGGAGUCGCCAGGAGGAAAGGAUUAGUGAACAGACUUGCUUACUGGAGGACGAAUGUUGAGUGCAUCUCCGUUAAAGCAGCAGAGAAGUUCCCUGUGGGGAUGAAAACCAGCACCUUCAGAGAGCUUAGCCCAGAUUCUUUUUCUUUCUUUCUUCCUUCCUUCCUUCCUUCCUUCCUUCCUUCCUUCCUUUCUUUCUUUCUUUCUUUCUUUCUUUCUUUCUUUCUUUCUUUCUCUCUCUCUCUCUCUCUCUCUCUCUUUCUUUCCUUCCUUCCUCCCUCCCUUCCUUCCUUCCUUCCUUUUUUCUUUUUCUUUCUUUCUUCUUUCCUUUUCUUUCUUUCUUCUUUUAGCAGGGGGUUGGACCAGAAGACCUUCAAGGUCCCUUCCAGCUCUUAUUCUAUGUUCUAUGUUUCUUUUUCUUUCAUUCUUCUUUUUCUCCCUUUCCCCUCCCUCUCCUCUUCUUUCCUCCUCCUCCCCUUCUCCUCCAUGAGUGUGUUUGUUGGAGGAUUACUUUGUUUGCAAUGUUGUUGUUUAGUUAUGAAAUCGUGUCUGACCAUUGCGACCCCAUGGACCACGUUCUUCAGGUCUUCUUGUCCUCUCCCAUCCUCUGGAGUCCAUUUAAAUUCAUACCUACUGCUUCAGGGACUCCAUCCAGCCACCUCGUUCUCUUGUUGUCCCCUUCUUCUUUUGCCCUCCAUCGUUCCCAGCAUUCGGCUCUUCUCCAGGGAGUCCUUCCUUCUCAUUAGGUGGCCAAAGGAUUUGAGUUUCCUCUUCAGGAUCUGGCCUUCUAAAGAGCAGUCAGGGUUGAUCUCCUCUAGGACUGACUUAUUUGUUCAUCUUGCAGUCCAAGGGACUUGCAAGAGUCUUCUCCAGCACCCGAGUUCAAAGGCCUCCAUUCUUUGGUGCUCAGCCUUCCUUAUGGUCCAACUUUCCCAGCCAUCCAUUGCAACUGGGAAAACCAUAGCCUUGACUAGACGCCCUUUUGUUGGCAGGGUGAUGUCUCUGCUUUUUAGAAUGCUGUCUAGAUUUGCCAUAGCUUUCCUCCCCAGGAGCAAGCCUCUUUUAAUUUCUUGGCUGCAGUCCCCAUCUGCGGAGCCCAGGAAAAUAAAAUCUGUCACUACCUCCAUUUCUUUCCCAUCUAUUUGCCAGGAAUUGAGAGGGAUGGAUACCAUGAUCUUAGUUUUUUUUUAAUGUUGAGCUUCAAGCCAACUUUUGUUUGUGAUAGAGAUGGGUUAAGGUUGAAUUUUUUUGGAGCAAAUAAUAACAACAUUCCAUCUUAUAUGUGUUGGUUUCGAUCCUCGAUGUGAAAGAGAAACCCCAAUAUAGAUAACCCCAAACUCAGAUAUUACCAACUUGUAUAGAAGUCAACCUGUCACUUAAAAAGCAGAAGUAUACCAUUGGGCAGGGAUGUGGUGUUGCAAGCUUUCGGGAAAGUGCAGAAAUAUUUCUACAAACUGUUCUUUGAAACCUGUUCCAGUAACUAUAUGUGGUAAAGGAGAGGGCAUCGAGAGUAACAUAUGCAUCAACGUAUAUAUCCAGAAGGUGUAUGAUAAGAGUAGUCCAUAUUUGGGCUUUUGUCUGUUUUAACCAAUUAGGAUAACUUCUUCUUUUUGCUUAUGACAAUAUCUGUAACCAAAGGUAUAAAAGAUUAUGCUUGAGCCUUGCUCGAGGCUCAGACCUUUGUUUUCCAUGUGAGUGGGGGUCUGUGUCCUAUUUGCGCAAAUAAUAAAUUAAUUCUUGUUUCUCAAA